AUGGCUCUCGGCUCUCCUCCAACAGAGAUAUGGCGUCGAUUCACGUCCGCUGAGAACUUGAAAGUACAGANNNNAUAUAUGAAUAUGGUCAACUACAUGUGUUAG